AUGUCAACUUGGGAGUGGCCCGCGUACACCAAGACCAUUCAUAGGUCGGUCUAUCCUGCCAUCAACCCAACGAAUCCACUCAAUAGUGUUACCGGUAAAGUCGUCGUCGUAACAGGAGGCGGGGCUGGCGUCGGCCGCCACAUCUCCGAAGCAUUUUCCAAAGCUGGCGCCAAAGCGGUGGCCAUCCUUGGUCGACGCGAAGAAGUCUUGAAAGCAGCAAGAGCAGAGAUCGAGAAGGCCGGCAAGGCCAGGGUCCUAACUUACAAGGCUGAUGUGGUCGACGAGGCCGCGCUGAAUGCAGCCUUUGCCAGCAUUGAGAAGGAGGUUGGCAAGGUCGACAUCGUGGUCGCCAAUGCUGGGUACCUGCCCACUCCUGCACCGGCAGCCGAGGUUGAUCUCAAGGAGUGGUGGAAAGCUUUUGAGAUCAAUAUCUUGGGCACACUGCUUACCUUCCGUGCUUUCACGGCGCACAAGAGCAAGGAUGCACCUACCUUCAUCUCGGUCAAUACUGGCGCAGCUCAUGCCGGCUCUUUCCCGGGUUUCAGUGGCUACACUGUGUCGAAGCUUGGUGCGGCACAGCUCAUCGCAUCGCUCCAGGUUGAGAAUCCGGACAUGCGGAUUAUAUCGUAUCAUCCUGGUGUGCUUGAGACGGACAUGAACGCUAAGUCCGGCAUGCCCGUCAGUAAGGACGAAUUCAGCUUACCGGCUGGUUUCGCAGUAUGGCUCGCCAGUCCGGCUGCCGACUUCACGAAAGGCAGAUUCUUGUGGGCGCAUUGGGAUGUGGAUGAGCUGUUGCACAUGGAGGAGGAGAUCCAGUCGAAGAACGAGCUGGUGGUGGGCCUGAGCGGAUGGCCUAAGCAGGUCGAGAUGAACGUGGUAGAUUAG